AGGCGUGUUUUGUCUAGUGUUAUGCAAAGUUAAAGUAGCUAUAUAACUCCACUUAAAAAUAAUUAUCCAGCUAACUAGCUAGCUACCAAAAGAUGUCGUUUUACAGAAACGCCGUUUGGUUCGUUAAAGGACUUCAAGAAUACACAAAAAGCGGAUAUGAAGCAGCAGCUAAGCAGUUUAAUACUGGGGACCUGGACGUAAACCUGAGUGGCAGGUCUUUUGUAAUCACUGGGGCCAACAGCGGCAUUGGAAAAGCUACAGCCCAUGAAAUCGCCAAAAGAGGAGGGAUUGUCCACCUGGUGUGUCGUAACAAGGAACGGGCACAGGAGGCGAAGGAGGAGCUGGUGGAACAUAGUAAAAACCAGAAUGUCCAUGUUCACAUCGUUGACAUGUCCAGUGCAAGACAAGUGUGGGAGUUUGCAGAGAGCUUCUCAAAAAGCAACAGCAUUCAUGUACUGAUCAACAAUGCAGGGUGUAUGGUAAACCAGAAAGAGCUGACAGAGGAAGGUGUAGAGAAGAACUUUGCUACUAACACUCUCGGUACCUUCAUCCUAACCACAGCGUUGAUACCAGCCCUGAAACAGGCACAGGACCCACGAGUGAUCACAGUGUCUUCAGGGGGCAUGCUGGUCCAGAAGAUGAAUGUAGACGACCUGCAGUCUGAGAAGGGGACGUUCGACGGCACUAUGGCCUACGCUCAGAAUAAAAGACAACAGGUGAUACUGACCGAGAGAUGGGCGUCCCAGCAUAAAGAGAUCCAUUUCUCAUCAAUGCACCCUGGCUGGGCUGAUACUCCAGCUGUCCAGUUGUCCAUGCCUGACUUCCAUGCUAAGAUGAAGAACAAGCUGCGUACGGAGGCCAUGGGGGCCGACACGGUGGUGUGGCUGGCUGUCUCAGCAGUGGCCUCCAACCAGCCCAGUGGACUCUUCUUCCAGGACCGAAUGGCGGUGCCCACACACCUUCCGCUGGCUUUAUCCAGGUCCUCUCCGGCCGAUGAGGAGAAGCUGCAGGCAAUAUUGGAGCAGCUCGCACAGAAGUUCAAACCUUGACCUCUCCUACAGCGGUCAAAAGGUUAUGAACAGACAGACCCUCAAGCCCAUGUGUCCGUUGACAAACACUCCUCAUUAUAGAUAUGCACUGUAUAAAGCGGACAUAGUGGUAAUAUUUUUACAACCAUUUUCUAUUUAUGAUGAUGAUCUGUAAAUUGAUUGCUUGCUAUUGCUAAGAUCAAAGUGUAGCCACACAGAGCAUUUCAGUGGCUCAUGUUUGGGGUAGAGGCCUUCACUGGUCGUUCUGAAAUGGACCUGGGGUUUUCCCAUCCAGACCUGAAAUGCAUAAAUUUGUAAAAAAUAAAUAAACGUAGAAGCCCGUUCAGUACAACUUGACCCGUUCCGUAUAGACCUGGUCCGAUCCAGACCCGGUCCGUUCCGAGUAAGACAAGCAGCAGAAAGGUCCAUUUUUAAGCUACUUUAUUAACUGGAGCUGAUAAAAAGGGGAGGUAGAGAGAGGUGACGCUCUAGCAGGGGCCGUGCUGUGUGUGUAGUCUGCUGUGAGUGUGAGCGAGUGACGUGGGGAGGAGGGAGAGAGAAACCGCAACCAACCAAGCUGACUCGCGCUGUAGUAGAAUAAUAGCUGCCAUUGCUAGGUUAUUUAUCAUCCAAUAUGAUUACGUAGUACCUGUCUUGACUGCACCAAACCGGGAGAAGAUAGCUAGGCUAAUUGAGGCUGCAUGCACUUUCUCGUCCUACACAUUUACAAACAACAAUGCCUCCAGUCCACAGGAGGUUGGUGGCACCUUAUUUGGGGAGAACAGGCUCGUGGUAAUGACUGGAGUGGAAUGGUAUAUAACACAUGCAGCGGCAGUUGUAGCUUGUAUGGCUUCCUAGGCAUACCCCCCCGCCCCAAAAAGCACCAUUCUGCACAAACUAUUUUUUUCAUUUGGAACACCAUAAAUAAAUAAUCCUAACAUUAGAACUAUAAAUAUACAAAAAUAAGACUCAUGAAUAUCAAAGACGAAUAGAAACCAAUUGUAGUAUAUAAAUAUAAAAUUGAAUUAUUACCCUAUUGCUAACAAAAAACACAAAUAAAACAAAAUUGCACAAAUCCUAUUUUACACAUAGAUUAACACACUUAUAAAGAAGAGAACCUGAUUAUUGCACUUCAAACAAUAAACACACAAACGAAAUUGCACAACUAGUUGUAUUAGUACUGUACAAAGUUAGAGGUGUGCUAUUUGAUAGGGGGAGCAGGGGAAUCUAUCUCCGGCUUCCAGUAGGGAGACCUGAAGUCGACCUACCUCCGCCCCCUCCCCAUCUUGUACUUCUGAGUGUGAAACUUUCCCAGGCAGUUGCCUGCCUAGCUCACAAACUAGAAUCAGGGCACCCACUCCCACACGGUGACAUGAUAUCAUUGACGUGAUGUGCAAAUGAGUGAUAGAAAACCAUUCGCAAAUGUCACCAUUCGGAUUAUUAUUAUUAAAAUAAAAUUGUGCGGCCGCCCCCGGCAAGAUGCUGGCCAUAUCGCCUAUGCCUAAAUCCGCCACUGAACACAUGGUUUCCAGGUGUUUGAUGCCAUUCCAUGCUUUGUUCCCAGUGGUGGUUUUAGACCAUUUCAACUGGGGGGGCCAAGCUGGGGCCAGUUACAUUAGAUGUUAUUGUUGUCAUUGUUUUCUUCACUGCAUUGCAGGCAUUAGCAGGCAAAAGACCAUGUUCAUAAUCAGCAUCGUUGCCACUGUCUAAUAACGGAUGUAAAAAAAGAACGAUAGCAAAAAAUGUCAUACUCCACAUUUAGGGGGGCCACAAGGGGGUCCAAAAUUGUUGUCCCCCCACAGAACCGCCACUGUCUGUUCCGGCCAUCAUUAUGAGCCGUUCUCCCCUAAGCAGCCUCCACUGCUCCAUUCAGAAUAUAAAGUAGCAGCCUACCUGUGGGCUCUUCAUCGUUGUAGCCUAUCCUUCUCCUUUUAACUUAAUUCCAUUUUAAUUCAAUCUUCUAUUGAUUAGGUAUCUCCUAACUUUUGCCCCACGCGGAGGCUCUGACUGUAGCCUAUUACCGCUUUGAUUACUUAUGAUUGGCCAACAACAAGCUACAUGCGCCAGUCUCGUGAAUAAAUGAUACCAUUUCUCUCUCUACUGCAGCAGUCGAGUUCAGGUCUCUAUGGGUCAUUCUGGACAAGUCAGUUAACAUUACACAUACCCGAGACCAGUGACAAUCAGAUCCAACCCGGACCUGUGACAUUAUUUCGAAUUCUGGAUCUGGACCCGUUCGGGUCCUGGAUCGGGUAUCAGGAAUUCGGGUACAGGGGGAUCUGUGAAGAUUCGUGUCAUUUGAUGCUUCAUAACGUUUUACACCAUACUACUUCCCUCAAAUUCUUCUACAAAGGCUUUUCCAUUAGCUUGAAUGUUGCAUACUACGUACAGUUCAGUACUAAUACAGUACAUAGUGAUUACGUCAGAACUUCUAUGGAAACUGGACCUUCCAUUUCAGAAUGUGCUCUAGCCAGGCAGCUGGUUUAGGUUGAUGGAUGAAUAAAUCAUGUUUUACUCAGAUUUAGCAGUGUAUACCAUCCACAGCAUUUUUACUCAAUCAAAUGUUAUUGGUCAUAUACACAAAGGUUUUCAUCAGGGUUUAACAAGGGCUCAUGUUCAAAGGUGCUUCUGGCUGUUGUCAGUGGUAAUAGUGUCAUUACAACUGUUUUGUAUUCUGUUAUUAUUAGUUUACUGUACAACCAGAACAAACAGUCAGUCUUUAUAUUUGACUUUUCCAGAGAAUCAUUGAGACACUGUUCUUAAAGCUACAUGUUGUUUGUCUUGUUUUACGUGAUUUAGUACUUUGACAUACUUUCUUUAAAAUGAUUUUAUACUUGUUAAUCAAAACAGGACCUGUGAGCAGAAAUGUGUUUUAUUAUUAAGAGCACAAAUAAAGCCAAGGCUAUUGAGCUUUUUAUUAAGAUACCACUGUACACACUAGUGUAGAAUGUCCAGUGCAUUAAAGACAGUUAAUCAACUUCAAGUAAAUAAUAAAAGGCACCAAUAAAUAUUUAAAUCUUAUAUUUUCAGCAUGCCUUCUAAAAGCUUGAUUUUUGUCAUGUAAAUUACUUAUAAAACAUAGGUGUGUGUAUGUUUUUUUUUGUUUUGAGGGGGGGUUCUUUAAGCUAACAUGAAAUGAAACCGUAAAUGGAGUGCUUCAUUUAAAGUAAGUAAGUCAAUUAACUUCAAUAAAUGUUGAUAAAAUCAA